CAUUCAAUGCUUUACCGAACAGCUGCAAACUACUCUUCUUCUCCUCUGCAAGUACUUCUUCUUCCCCAAUUUCCCCUGUUUUUCAUCAAUUUUUCAACCCAUUUUACGUAACGCUUUUCGGUUUAUGUUUUUGGGUGUUCAACAGGAGAUGGACAGCUUCGAUAAGGCAUUGAAAACCAGCUAUUUCAGGCCAGAAAUCGCCAUGAAAAUGACCCACCACCAGUCCUCUGUCGAUGAUUUUUUCGUUGAUAACCUUCUUGACCUCUCCAAUGGCUUCGCUGAAGACGAAAUUGAGCAAUUAAACGAACACCCAAAUGGAUUUAACACCCAAAAACCUUGCUCUGUUUCACCCCAGAAGAAAAUGGAACCUGAAAAUGGAGAUUUUGGUUGUGAACUCAGUUUUCCGGAAAAUGGGUUGGAUAAUCUCGAAUGGCUAUCUCAGUUUGUUGAAGAAGAUUCGUAUUCUGGGCAUUCGUUGAUUGGAAAACUACCGGUGAAGAAGAACCAGUCAGUGACGGAAAACCCGGUUCAGGUGAAUUCAUGUUUCACAGCUCCGGUUCAAACAAAGCCCAGAACUAAACGUGGGAGAAUCGGCGGUCGAGUUUGGUCUUUCACCGGUUCUUCCACUUCCUCUGCUUCUUCCUCAACUACAACGACGACAGCUGAGUCAAUCGUACGGUUUCCAGCGCCGGUGAAUAAGCGGAGGAAGAUGACGGCGGAGAAGCCGGUCCAACCGCGGCGGUGCAGCCAUUGCGGUGUUCAGAAAACACCUCAGUGGCGGACCGGUCCAAUGGGUGCAAAAACGCUUUGUAAUGCAUGUGGGGUCCGGUUUAAAUCCGGUCGGCUAUUGCCGGAGUAUCGUCCGGCUUGUAGUCCGACGUUUUCGAGUGAACGACAUUCGAACAACCACCGGAAAGUUUUGGAAAUGCGGCAGAAGAAGGAGGCGGGAACCGGCGGUGCUCGGUUUGCUCCGCCGGUUCAUAGUUUUUGAAGAAUUUAGGAGUAGAAAUUUUAGAGGGAAAAAAGACCGAACCGGAGUUGGUCCGGUUUAUUGUGUACAUUAAUUCGUAGGAUC